AAAGCGAAAGCAGCAGAGCCAAUAGCAGCCUCGGCUGCAUCACAAGGGGAGAAAGCAGGUGUGUGUAGACGCUCAGGCACCUCUCCGCCGCAUCGCCAUGGCCUCGAGCCUCGCGGAAGACCUGGUGUGCCCCAUCUGCCUGGCCCUCUUCCAGGACCCGCACAUGCUGAGCUGCGGGCACAACUUCUGCCUGGCCUGCCUCCAGGGCUGCCUGCCCGCGGGGGCCGAGGGCGCGCCCUGCCCGGAGUGCCGCCUGCCCUUCCAGCUGCGGGGCUUGGUGCGCAACCGCGCCUUGGCCAACGUGGCCAGGAAGGUCCGCCGCUUCGGGCCCGAGCAGGGAAUGGGGGCUCUGCCGGGGGAGGGGGACUUCUGCGAGGAGCACGACGAGCCCCUCAAGCUCUUCUGCCUCCGGGACCGCCUCCCCAUCUGCGUGAUCUGCCGGGAUAUGCCCCGGCACCGGGGGCACCGCUUCCUGCCCACCAAGGACGCCGUGCAACACGCCCAGGGAAUACUGAAGCCGUAUCGGAAGCUACUGAAGAAGUAUCUGGCGUCUAUCACUACAGAUGAAUCUCUGCAGGAAAAAGAAAUUACAACGCUAGAGAGUUUAACUAAAGAUAUCUUGAAGGACAUUUCAAAAGGUUUCAAAGUUCUUCACCAGACUUUGCACAAAAAAGAAAAACAGUUUAAGGGGCUUGUGCAGUGGCUGAAGAAGGAAAACCUGCAAGAAAUGGAACUUGCCUUGACUUCCUUGAAAGAGGACAGGGCUUUGCAAGCUGAGACUCUUGCCAACAUCAAAGCAGCAUUAGUCACUACAGAUCACAUUGCCUUUCUUAAGGAUUUCAAGAACCUGAUGGACAAAGUUCAGAAAUACGCUCUAGGGGGAAAAGAUGAAGGUGAAAGCAGUAGCGAUGAGGAGGCGGCAUCCAACAAAAAUAGGGAAUACUCUGACCAAGAAGAGGCAAGAAAUGAUGAAGAGGAAGGGGAUGAUGAUGAGUUGGAACGGGAUGGUGAUGAGUUGGGAGGGGAUGGUGAUGAAGAGUACAAAACGGAAGAGUCUGAGGAUGAGAAAGAGGAACAAGAGGACGAGCGGAAAGUGAUAUUGGUGGAUUCAGUCCUUGAGGAAUUUAUGGAUAACUUGGACUUUAAGGCUUGGAAGAAAAUGUUGUUGAAGCAUAUCAAGAGGGAUGAAGAGGAAGCAGAAACAACAGAUGAAAAUUCAAGUGACGAGGAAGAAGAAAAUGAAACUCACACAGCGUCAUGUGAGGUCUCCAGCUGAUGAGUUCCUUUACUAUAAUCACUCGGUUAAGGAAUCUUAAGAAGAAGGAGAUACUUGGAACAAAAGGAAUUCUAUCAUUGCCACAGUGAACAAUGAGCUUCAACUUGCUUUACAAAAAAACUCCACUUUGAAAGUAAAACAAGUGGUGCCAUGUGGUUACUUAUAGUAAUGGCACUUCAUUGGUUGCUUCCCCACAUCCCAUUAUUCUUCUGCUAAGUCUUAAAUUGUUUUUAUUAUUACUGCAGAGCUACAUAACAUUUAUUGUUAUUUGCAAUAAGAACAGAUGAAACUGGGAUCUUUGAUCUUUGCUGUGAACUGUCUUUGGUCUUUGCUUGCCAUUUGCUGCUCUGUCUGGCACUGCCUAAAGAUACUGAGUCAUUCUGUGACAUCCAAAUGGAGCACUGUACAAGGUUUUGUUUCUUUGUUUUUUGCAGUGUGUGAGACUAUCAUUCCCAGAAUCCCCUAGUGGUCAUUUUGGCUGUGGGAUUCUGGAACGUGUAGUAAAAGUUUUCCCCUGUCUUUACAAGUUUCAAUAAGUAAAUAAAUAGUUACUUGUCUUAUUGUGUGUAAGUCUUAUUCAUUAUUAAAGUUUGUGUUUUUUCCAA